AAAAAGGGAUUAGUAAUUUAAGAUAGAGGGUGGAGAAGAGAGGCUUAUCAAUUCGGCAAAGGCAGCAAAAACGUUAUCGGAGAAACUUAGCAGCAAAAGCCAAUGUGGUAUGCAUUUGAAGUGGACAGAGAGCGGGUGAAGUCUCCCAGCGUUGAAAAUAGGGAAUUUGGUUGGGGUUUUGAGAGAGUUGAAGUCUUCCUUCAUUACUAAUUUGUUCUAGCAUUUAUAAUUACACCUACUUCUCCUCCACCUCUCUCUGCUCUCAUUCUCACCCACUCUCUCAACAAUUAUCAGUCACAAAGGACAAAAAAGGAAGCGAAAGAAUAUCCCUAAAGUCUCGAAUCAUCUUCAUUUAAUGCAUAUCAGAAUGCUAAUUUCCUCUCUUUCUUAGAAACAUUCUUGAUUUUUUUUUUCUAUCUCUAAUUCCCCCAAAGGCCAGAGCUUUCUGCAACUAUGGGGAAUCGGUUUAUUUGCAUGCUUAAAAAGGAUGCCAAAGAUAAUCACGGAUCGAGAAGCAAGAGAUUGGGUAGGUCCCAGAGAAAAUUGUCAGCCGAGGAAGAGGUCCUCCACAGACAAGCUCUCUCCAUGGCACUUCAUCAGCACCAAUUGUCUCAAAGAUUUGAUGGAUCCAUGUCCAGGAGGAUUGGCUCCACCAGCUCUCGAAGACGAAAUCUAUCUGAUCCUUUCUCUAACGGAAAACAGGUGCCAGACUUUCUGGAAAAUAUCAAGUUAAAGAAGUUCAUACUGAUACAUGGAGAAGGGUUUGGAGCUUGGUGUUGGUACAAAACAAUUGCCCUGUUGGAAGAAGCAGGAUUGCUUCCCACUGCCAUAGAUCUCAUAGGAUCUGGUAUUGAUCUGACAGAGACAAACAGUGUCACAACAUUGAAAGACCACUCCAAACCUUUGCUUGAUUAUUUGGAAAAUGUUUCUGAGGAUGAAAAGGUUAUUUUGGUUGGUCAUAGUACUGGAGGUGCAAGUGUCUCUUAUGCCCUGGAGCAUUUUCCACACAAGAUCUCGAAAGCUAUUUUUAUCUGUGCUACAAUGGUGUCUGAUGGUCAGCGGCCUUUCGACGUGUUUGCUGAAGAGCUUGGAUCUGCUGAACGUUUCAUGCAAGAAUCAGAGUUUUUGAUAUAUGGGAAUGGUAAAGACAACCGUCCUACAGGAUUUAUGUUUGAGAAACAACAGCUGAGAGGUUUAUAUUUCAAUCAAUCACCAACAAAGGAUGUUGCUUUGGCCAUGGUUUGUAUGAGACCCAUCCCAUUGGGUCCUGUAAUGGAGAAGUUGUCGUUGACUUCUGAGAAAUAUGGAACUAGCAGGCGGUUCUUCAUUCAAACAUUGGAUGAUCGUGCACUUUCACCGGAUGUCCAAGAAAAGCUAGUAAGAGAAAAUCCACCUGAAGGAGUCUUCAAGAUUAAAGGAAGUGAUCACUGUCCAUUCUUCUCAAAACCACAAUCUCUCCACAAAAUAUUACUGGAAAUUGCUCAGAUUCCAUAGAAUAUAUUUUGGUAAACUCAGAACAAGUUUCUGUAAGUCUUUUAUUGGUGUAACAUACAUGGCUUUUACAAUAUGAAUUUUUCUGUUGUUAUUGUUUCUUCUCACAAAUUGCGGGGUAUAGUAUGGAAAUGUAUCGACUUGUUACUUAGACAAACUGCUAUCAUGAUUUAAUAUUUUUCUGUAUGGCCAACUUUGGUGAUUUGGCAAA